GCAAUGUUUUAAUUAAAAAAAAAUGCAGUCUAUGGCUUUUGUUAUGACGCAUCAUUUUUAUCAUUUAUUAAAUAAAAAUCGUGGUCCUGAUCUUUUGCAUUUUGUUUAUUUUUACGCUCAGUAGCGUUGUGGAACUUUAAAUAAUCGAUUAAAGAAUGGUUCCUUUACGAUGGCAAAGGAUGAUAUAUCACUGGGAGUAGAGAUGGGAAAACUGGAGAUAGAACCUUUAAAAUUGAACAAAAAUGUUCAAGAUGAAAAUCCAUUUUUGUGUUCUUCAGUUCCACAAAAAAGAAACAUAUAUGAGAGGAUCUGUAUACCAAUCUCUAAAUGUAAUUGUAUCACUCAGAAAAACAUCAAAACCAUGUCUAUAUGUAAGAAGAAACCGAAAAAAAUUCUUAAAGAACCAGUUUUAAAAAUGCUUCAAGAUUCAAGUCAAAGUCUAAACGUAAAAGAUGAUUGUUGCCAGUUUUUAAGGAGAAAGUGUUCAUCUUCAUUAAUAGGAAAUAAUAACUCUGAUAGUAUAAAUCUGUGUGCCCUUGUUGAUAAUUGUAACCAAUUAAGGAUAUCAACAGGCUCAAAUGAACAAAAUUUAGUCACAGAUCUAAGUAAUGAGAGUCAGUGGUGGAAGAGCACUAGAAAAAAAACAAAGCAAACAAAAGCUACUGUUCCCACAAAGAGCCAAGCUGGGUCAUGCUCUCAAGAAGCUCUCAAUCCUCCCUGUGAUGUUACAAUUGAUGAGUUAGCAAGUUAUUUUGAAACAUUGGUCCACAUACCUAAGAAGAUGUCAUCUAUGGCUGAAAUGAUGUACAUUUAGCUUAUUGUCUAAUUAAACAAAUGUGGUCCAAUGGCUGUACCUAUUAAUAAAUAUGAUAAAAUUUACUCUAUAUUUUAGUAAAUUGGUAUGUUUUAAUCAAUCAAUGACUGCGUGAGCAUGGUGUCUGUCUACCUAUAUUCUAAGCAAAACUGUUUAUCAACCACGUUUGAAGGUGUUUCAGACUUUCUGUAUGUAAUUGUUAUAAUGUAUUUUUGUUUUGUAAUCUUCUUUGUGGCGUGUUGACUUUGACGUUAUAUUUAUGAGGACCAGUACUUAGCAACUCAGACAGCAUUAUCAGUGACGUUGUACAGGUCCUCGCGUGUGCAGGUGUAGGGACACGCAGGGCGAUACAAAAGAUGUGAAUAUUUUGUAAUAAUAAUGUAACCGACAUCUAUACAGUGGAUAAAUGUUAGUAUUACAAUAGAAUUACAUGCAGUAGCUACACAAUGAGGUUGUCUUAUUGUUUGUCAGGUCUUUUUACAUGUGUUUAGAAUUUAGAUAGGAACAAUUACUGUUUUAAAUAAAUGUC